AUGUCGUCCAAGUAUUCCAAGAAAAGAAAACAAGAUGAUGGUGACACAUCGAUGUUGCAUCAUGAGAGCAGACGACGUCGCUCAUCUUCAAGCUCUUCUACGGAAUCACCACGUCAAACGAAAAAAGCAGUGAAACCAAAAAAAGAGGAUGAAGAUAAUGGAGAGCCAGCCGAUUCCAUGUCGAUUGAGGAGACGAACAAACUUCGUGCUUCUCUUGGUUUAGCACCGCUUCAAGUUGAAGAAAACAAAGAGCGUGAUGCCGAUGAUGGAACCGGAGAGAAGAUUUACAAUGAGGAUGGCUUCGAGUUCCGUCAUAGAAAAGCUGAAAAUUGGGCGGAGAAGAAACGUGAGAAUGAGCUCAAGGAAAAACUAGAAGUCGCAAAAAAGAAGCGCGAUAUCUACUCGAAGGUUCUCAGAACGAAAGGUCUUGCUGAAUCCGAUGAGGAUGAUUCUGCGGAGAGCUGGAUUGAAAAGAUGCGCAAAAAAGAAGAGGAGAGGAAAGCUGCGGAAAGGGCUAAAAUGUUUGACGAGUUGGAUGAGGAGAUAGAGGAAAGCAAGAAACCAGAAAAACCGAAAAAGAAACUAGUGAAAAAAGGCACUAAAGCCGAUUCUUCCACCGCGGGUCUCGUCGUUGGCCACUCUAAAGACGCGUUCAUGGAAGGCGACCAGAUUUUGGUUCUCGAUGACAAAGGUGUUCUUGAUGACGGUGACGAGGUGCUUGUCAAUCCAAACCUUCUUGAAAAUGAACGUCACGUUCGCAAUGUUGAACUUAGAAAGAGAAAGGAUCACUACAGAAAUUAUGAUGAGGAAGUUGACGAGUUUGGCAACAAAAAGAACUUUGGUGUUCUUGCCAAGUAUGACGAAGAACUAGAAGGUGUGCCAAAGGAGCAAUUCCGCCUAGAUGAAACUGGUGGAAUUGAUCUUGAUGAGGAAAGAAGAGAACGUGAAAUGUUCAAAAAACUCCAAAUGGCUGGCAAACGAUUGGAAACCCUUGAUGCUCCAAAAUACAAGCUCGCCACAGAAUUCUACACCCAAGAUGAAAUGGUGGCUUUCCGGAAGGUCAAGAAAGGAAAGAAGGAGAAGAACACACGGAAGAGAAAGAUUCUGAAAGCAUCAGACUUGGUUCCAGUGGAAGCCGCUGGAGAAGGAAGAAGGGAUAUGGGUAAGAGAAGAAGGCAUGAUGGAGAUGAAGACGACGAAGAGAAGUCACGGAAUGAUGAUGAGGAUAUGGCGAUUAAGAAAGAAAAGGAAGAAUAUGAUGAUGAUGAGGAUGACGGAAAGUGGAAGAAGUCGAUGGAUGGAAAUGGUGUUGAUUUGGAAAGACUUCGCAAACUGAAAGAAGCUGCUUCCGCACCGAGCGACGAUGAGAGUGAUGAUGAUUUCAUGCCUGUCGGUGGCGUCGACCUCACAGGAGUCGUCAUUAAAGAUGACGCUGAGGAUGAGCUCUACUCAGCACUUGCGCAAGCUCGCCGACUUAAAGAGUUUGAAAAGAAGAAGGAAACUGAAGAUCGCGACAUUGGCAAAAGAGUGCGCAGCAUUUUAUCGUCGCAUGAAGCUCAAAUGGAAGAGCAGGAAUCAGCGAAAAAGUCGAAAAAAUCAAAAAUUGUUCUGGAUUCUACUAUCGAGUACUGCCGGCAGAUUGGAGAGCCUGAAACACUGGAUGGCAACAUGCUUGCUAAGAAGAGAGACGCGGCUAGAAAGAAAAUGACAGAGCUGACUGAUGAUAUAGAACAGGAUGAGACAGAAAGAAGGGAAGAAGAAAUCAAGGAGUUGGAGAUUAGAAAUCAAGAAAAGGGGAGAUGGCUUGCCGCGGGCGAACCAGCGACUGCUGAACUUGACAGCGACGAUGAGAAAGCUCUUGAGGAAGCUAAGAAUAAGAAAUGGUCCGACAAUGAAGAAGAUAGCGACUCCGACUAUGAGCCAGCACUUGGUAGAGAAGUCGAUGUCUCGAAAGGAGUUGGGGCUAUGCUCAAGUUGGCUGCUCAGAAGGGUUACCUUCAAAAUAAGGGAGACAGAGGACCGAGUGGGCCGUCUCUUGAACACUUGAAGAACAGAUCAAAAACACAAAUUGAUGCCGGAAGACAUUCGAAUGAUAUCGAAGACAAGUACAUGAAGAAACUUGAUCGGCUUGGAACCACUGGAAAGGGACCAUUGGUACCUUUUGUUGAGAAAGCUGACUAUCAUCCAGAAGUUAAUAUCACCUAUGUUGAUAAGAAGGGAAGGGAUAUGGAUGCAAAAGACGCUUACAGAGAGCUCUCCUACAAAUUUCAUGGACGAAAUCCUGGUAAGAAGCAGCUUGAGAAGCGUGCGAACCGUAAGGACAAGGAAGAGCGCAUGAUGAAGACGAACAGCUACGACACACCGUUGGGAACACUAAGCAAGCAGCUCAAAAAGCAAAAGCAGCUCGCUACCCCAUAUUUAGUGUUGAGUGGAUCUUCAGAUCACUCGUCGUCCCUCAAGAAGGAAUAG